AUUUGGGGCUUUUAGACGGCGAGGUGACUUUAGAGGAGCAUCGUUGCUCUCUUGUGCUGUGUGUGACUGCAGAGCUAUUUGUUUUUAAAGGGAAAACCAGUUUCCUCUCACUCCUAAUAAAGCAAAGUGCAUGUUCCAGGUCUGAUUUAUGACAGGGAGCUGUGUGGACAUGAGAGGAACCGUGCGUCGAGCAUCCUGAGGAUCCGUUUCUCUGAACAUCUGUGUGAGAUGAGCCACACAUGGACUUCUACUGAAGUGAAGUUAAUGGAUUUUCACUCGAUGCUGGUGGGAGAUUAAUUUGAUAAAAGUGCGGCUGCAUCCUCAUCUUGCUAUGAUUCAUUCUGGGAAUAUCUGACAUGACAAGGAUACUAUCCAUCCAAGAGAAAAUCAUGCUUUGCAACAUGUUUGCAUUGAUUCUCUUACAAGGGGUCUUGACGUCCGACGCCCCGGUACAGUCCGAGGUGACCCCUGGGAUGAACCCCGGGGGUCUCCCACUUGUCUCCCGGAGAGCUGCAGGGUUCCAGCUGUCUGAGGCAACGGAGGCAAAGUCCAGACCUAAGCGCUGUACCUGCUUUUCUUACAAGGAUAAAGAGUGCGUCUACUACUGCCACUUGGAUAUCAUCUGGAUCAACACUCCAGAACGCACCGUGCCCUACGGUAUGUCGAGCUACAGAGGACCUCAGCGACUCAGACGUGCUGUCAGUGGACAAGCAGCUGAACGCGAGGGGACAAAGACUCAGCGUUGCUUUUGUGCCGCGCUUGACGCAGACCCGGAGUGCCGUGAUUUCUGCCUGUCAAGCCCCCUGAGGACAGAGCCAAUCAGGAGUCUCCACGGAGUCCCCGGUCCUGGAUGACAGUUUAAUGCUUCUCCAUUGUCUGCUCUUCUCCUCACGGGAAUGGACCCUUCCUUCCUCUUUGUCCCCUUCCCCUCUCUCCAGUUCGCCACUCUUGCCUCCACAGGUACACAUUCAAGGAAAAUACUUUGGAGUUUAACACUGCAGACAUUCCUCGGCAUCACAACUCUUGGAGCAAGUUCCAUCAAGCCGCGUGGUUUCAAUCAAUCUUCUGCAAAUUCGAUACAGAUCCCUGGAGGCUAUCCCCUUUUUUGUUCCCUCCCGAGAGCAGCGUGAGGAUUACUUCCAGCCCGAUAUAAUAACCAGUGACUUUGCUUCUGUCAAGCUUGAUCAGACAACCCUUUGUAUUCACACCUGGUAAUGUUGAGGACUACGUUUAUUGAAAGCUUCUAUCAACCUAUAAGGGGACAACAAAGACAUUUCUACGACAAUAGCCGACAGGAGCCACGUAAAGUAAGGCGUGAUAUUGAGAUAUCGUGCCAUUCAAAAAUAUCAAAACACGUCAACAAAAAAAAGGGGUAAAGUUUUGGCCACCUGUGCUGCGGGGCAUAUUAUUGAGCUUUGAUUUAUGACACUAUUUACAGUCAGUCUGGAAAGCAUUGACACCGUUACACUGACGGUAUGCAUAUCUUGCUCUCAUCACUUCUUGCAGCAGUAAUAUAUAAUUUGUGCUCUUUGCAA